AUGAAAUUGCUUGUGUUGCUUUGCAUUAUUCAAGGAUUGACUUUUUCAACAAGCUCAGUCAAUCUGACUUCGGAAAAGACAAUCUUACAAACAAUUCAAGUUCAAGAAAACAAUGUUGAACGUGUGCUAUAGUUUAUCAGACAAUUACAAGUGGACAUUAAUGCAGCACAAACCGAACACACUACCUACUUACAAAACAGAAAUGGACAAAUCACAUAAUACAUUACUGAAGCUGAUUAAGCUCUCGCUAAAGCUAAAUAACAAAAGGCACAAGAUGAGGCAUAGCUUCCUUUGAAGGAGGAGGAACUCAAUGAUAAGAGAGCACAAGGCGAAACCAAAUUUGCUGAAAAAUAAAGAAAUUUAGAUCGCAUUGCUGCCCUUACUGCAGAAAGAGAAGAGACCAAAAAAGCCUAUGAUUAAAGAAGAACUGAAAUCGUUGGUUUGUUGGCUGCAUUGAAUUAAGGCAAGAAAUUGAUCCAAUAAAUAAAAACUGGGUCUGUCUUCACUCAAUAAGAGAUCUUCGCAGAUAUCGAACAUCAUCACAAGAAAUUCGUUCAAAGAUUCCCAGACAGAAGAGGCUUCAAUUCCUUAGUUUCCUUGUCCCUUGCUAUGGCUCAGGAUUCCACCCUAAAAUCUGAUCAAUCUGCAUUAGAGAAAGUAGUCUAAGUCAUUGAAGAUUUGGCUGAUAGUCUAUUUUAACUAUAGAAACAAGAAAUGGAAGCUGAUGAUGCCAGAGAAGCAGCAUUUUAAUAAGCCAUUGCUCGACUUGAAAUAGCUAAUCAAUCAUUGGAAGGUGCUGUUGCCUACUUACACGCUCAGAUCUUGAGAUUAGAACAAUCCCUCUUGGAAUUGUAAAAUGACAUUGCCACUCAAGCUUAAAUGGUCGUUAACAAACAGAAUGAAAAGGCUGACUGGUUGAACAUUCAAAGAGAUGAGACCAAAUCCUACGGAAAGCAAACUGAGAAUAGAAAAUCCCAAUUGGACUUGUUAGGAGAAACUGAAAAUGUAUUUAGCAAAGGCCCUUUGACACCUGAAUAGCAAUCGUUCUUAUAACACUUAAAGUGA